CAGGAGCAGGAGCUGUUUCGUCAAAUUAUUGGACAGUUCAAGCUCUGUCACAUGACAUUGAAUGAGUUUGUCAGCUCCUGCCACAUCCCUCAGCCUGAAAAUCUGGUAUGGCUUUAUGACAUGAGCCCUGGAUAUGGUCAACUUGCAAACAACUUCCGGGUCGAUUCCUCAGCCAGAUGCCAGUUGCCUGUGAAUUCAAAAUGCGGCGUUUCGAAAGAAUCCACGAUGUCGUUGAGCCUGUUGAGGAGUAUCGGCAGGGAGGCUAUCAUCCAGUACACCUUCACGAUGUAUUCAAUCAGAGGUAUGAGGUUAUCGGAAAGUUGGCGUUUGGUCAAUUUUCAACAGUAUGGCUUACACAUGAUCAAUUGCUCCAGCGUCAUGUUGCAUUGAAGAUACUGAAAGCAGAUGCUUCCAGAAACAAUAAAGAGCUUGCUAUACUCCUUAAACUGUCUGCUCCAGGCCUAGAUCAUCCUGGCAAAGGGCAUGUUAUUGAACUGCUGGAUUAUUUUGAGCAUGAUGGUCCAAAUGGGACACACUUGUGUCUGGUGUUCCCUGCAAUGAUAUCCGAUGGUGAAAUAAUGAGUGUCAGCAGAAGACCGCACCACGCAGCCUACAUACGAGCUAUUUCCAAACAAGUCUUGUUAGGUCUCGACUUCCUUCAUCAGCUAGGCAUAAUUCAUUGCGAUCUGCAACCUGCAAAUGUUAUGUUUUCAAUUGUUGGGGCUGCGCACAGCGAGGCAUUUUUGCAGCCUCCUGAGUUCAGCCCUGUUAGGUGGCUAGAAGGAGUGAAGGUAGAUGACAGCGCGCCGGAAUAUUUGAUGGCUACACAGAGAUGUCGGGGCGAACUGGAUGAUGCAGACUUCACCACAAUCUUGGUUAAGAUUGGUGAUCUGGGUGGAGGUAUGAUGCACCCAUUGUUUAUAUUGAACUCAAAGCUGAUACAAGACUCAUGUCAUUACCUAGCUCUAUGGAGUCGACAACAUGAUCAGCGGCCGGUAACACCGACAGCCUUGCGUGCACCUGAGCUAAUCCACCGAAAUACUUGGGAUGCCAGCAUAGAUAUCUGGGCCUUGGGUUGUUUGAUAUUUGAAUUGGCGACAAAUGAGCCAUUAUUUCCCUUGGGGUCUUUUGGCCUCACAGCUGAACAGAUUGACAAAGAGCACACAUACCGUAUUAGCCAACUCCUUGAUGAGAAUGGUCAGAUGCAUGAGAAGUUUACAAAACACCUGACAGACAGGUUGCCAUAUGACUUCGGUACUGAGAAUGUUCAGCAUCUUGUAUCAUUUCUUUCAUUGAUGCUACAGCAAAACCCUCAAAGGCGAAUGCCAAUUAUCAAGCUACUCAAUCACCUCUUCCUAGUCGGGGAACCCGAUGAAUGAGAACUUGUUAACAUCAAAUAUGAUGAGGUCUACGGUGCUCUUAUUCUCACUUUAAGAAGUUAAAUG